UAAUCCCUACACCGUUCCAUCCCACCAUCCGUUGUGCAAUAGAAGUCUCUCUCCCAUCCUCUCUCCACGCACAAACAACAGUACCUUGAGGUUCCUUCUCCGCUUUCUCUCUGUGUCCUUCCCUUUUUCUCAGGUUUUUUCUUGGAAAAGAAAGUAAAGUCUUAGUCAAUUUCCAUGUGAAAAUUCAAAAUUCCCCCACAAGAAAACAAAAACAAAAAGAAAAAAAAAAACCUUUGGUUCCUAGUACCCAUCUCUCUCUUUUGCACUUGCACCCUCCCUCGCAAUUAUCACUACAUUAUUGUUGCUUAAUUUUUGGCUACAUUUUUCGUUGAGAACGAUAUACAUAUGGAGGAAUUUUACAGGAUGAUCGCAGGUGUGACAUGUGCAGGUUCAGAUGAUCAUGUGAAUGUUCAUCAGCAAGUUGAAAAUAUGUCUACUAGUACUAGCAGCGCCAGUUGUGGUGGGUUUCAUGGCGGUGGUCAUGUGGUGGAUGAUCAUAAUAUGCUGUUAUUUGGGACGGAGGGUUUAGGAUCCGAUCAUAUGUCUGAUCUGAUCAAGUCCCAGAUAGCCAGUCACCCUCGUUUCUCUGAUUUAGUUACCGCAUACCUAGAAUGCCAAAAGGUUGGAGCACCAGCGGAGAUGAAAAAUCUGCUUGAAGAAAUUGGAAGGGUAAGCCACCCAAUGAGCACCUGCAGUGAGAUAGGAGCUGAUCCAGAACUUGACGAGUUCAUGGAAUCAUAUAUUGAGGUUCUCCAUAGAUUCAAGGAGGAGCUAUCUAGGCCAUUCGAUGAAGCAACAACAUUCUUGGUCAACAUUCAAACUCAACUUAGCAACCUCUGUAAAGGGACAUUCCCAAAUACCUGGGACAAUCACUCUGGUAAAUAAAUCUCUUCAGCUGUAAAUACAUUUUCCUUUUUCAAUCUUAGUUUUUGGAGGGUUUCAAACCUUGAACCUACUUCUACUCAUAGCCCUAACCACUCUCACCACUAGGCCACCCUCAGUAGCUUAUAUAAACAUUUUCCCUUAACUUUCAUCCAGUCUAGGUUUUGGUUUUGUUUUUUCUUCUUCUAAUUGUAUGAAGAAGAAGACACGUAUGUACAUGCAUAUACACCUGUUUAUUCAUCAGUCCAAAGGAGGUUGUAUGCGUACGAGAUUGUACAUGGCUUUCAUUUAAUUGGUUUCUGUUUUAUAUAUUGACAAAUCAUGACACGUGGGAUGAGCAUAACAUGAUGGUGUUUCUGAUGCCCUAGAAAGAGAGAGAUAUAUUUGAAAGUGACUUGGUGGUGGAAAGUUAGAUGCGUGACCUGACGACCUCAUAACUCCACCGGGAGUCUCGGAUAUCACUUGUUCCGUUCUCACAAUAAUAAACAUUCAUAAGUACUUUCACAAAGCCUUCUAUGACCGUCUGUAAGUUAUUUUGAGAGGAUCAAAAUCACUUAUGAAGGGAAACAUGUGAAUUAAUGUUUUGCCAUAAAAUUAUUUAAGGCGAAUGCCCGGAUCAGAUAAAGGUUUUGAAGAGAGAAUUUUUUCAAUUAAUUAAUUUUACAUAAAAUCCCUAAUUUCUAGACAUGAGUAAAUCGUCCUAAUUAAUAGUAGGGUGGUUCUAAUAGGACGAGGUUGUGAAUGAAUCUAAGUUUAAGUUUGCGGGUACUUUAUUUAAUUAGAGAGAUAUUUUAAUUAAUCUAAUUUAAAUUAUAAAAAGAGAUUCCAACUCGAAUUUGGAUGGAGAGAAACAUCAUACUCUAGUCAACUUAAUCAGCUACAUCCAAAGUAUGCAAAUUUGGUGUACUACUGAGUAGAAGAAAAUGGGGGG